AUGUCAAUUAUCAUCCCAAAGGCCAACGAAGUGCUGAAGAAAUUCCUUGAUGAGAAGGAGAAGAUUGAAACCACUAUUUUGCAAACUGAUCAGUCUCUGACCGAAAAUGAGAAAAUGAUGGCCGGUAAGAUGGAACCAGGAAUUUUGGAAGUCCCCAUUACAGUUCAGUUCAGUUAAAGGGACACUAUAGGCAUCAAAACAACUUUAGUUUAAUUAAGCAGUUUUCAUGUAGAGAUCUUGUUCCUGCUGUCUCACUGAUCAAUUUUCUGCCAUUUAGGAGUUAAAUCACUUUUGUUUCUGUCCAUGCAACCCUAGCUACACCUCCCUGUGACCAUAAAAAUUGUUUAACCCCUUCACGAUCGUUGACGGUUCAGGACUGUCAUCGGAAAAAUCCCCUUGAGGACCGGUGACGAUUCUGAACCGUCAUAAUGGAAAUAUUUGCUCACCAGGAAGUCCCCCUGCUGGUGAAAAAAGUAUUAAAAAGUUAUAAUAAAGCAAUCAUAGAAUAUAUAUAUAUAUAUAUAUAUAUAUAUAUAUAUAUAUAAAUAAAACAAGGGGGGGUUGGCUGCACUCACCUGAACAUGCAUAAAUGGGGGUGCUGCUGGGGGCCAAAUAAUACAAAACACAAGAUCCAGCGCACUCACCUAUCCACUAAACAGCAACUUCAAUGUUGAAAGAUUUUAUUAGUUUUUUAAAAACACCUAAUCUAGGCAAAAAUAAUGGGGGUUUAGUUACAUUAUAUGAUCAUACAUUGCAUAAGCCUGCCACAACGUCAAUGUACCCCAUCUUUGGCAGGUCCUACACUAACAGCCUAAUGUCUGCUCUUAUGAGAUUAACCACUUACUUGAGGAAAAAAAUUCCAUCUGGGGCUCUCUGCAGUACAAGGCUAAAUAGGGCCCUGGGAUGAGGCACCUGUGACAGAGAGGGGUGCAAAACCAAGGAGUUGGCUAGACUCCCAAAUAUAUAUAUAUAUAUAUGAAACAAGGGGGGGUUGGCUGCACUCACCUGAACAUGCAUAAAUGGGGGUGCUGCUGGGGGCCAAAUAACAAUACACAAGAUCCAGCGCACUCACCUAUCCACUAAACAGCAACUUCAAUGUUGAAAGAUUUUAUUAGUUUUUUUAAAAAACACCUAAUCUAGGCAAAAAUAAUGGGUGUUUAGUUACAUUAUAUGAUUAUACAUUGCAUAAGCCUGCCACAACAUCAAUGUACCCCAUCUUUGGCAGGUCUUAUAUACAUAAUGUCAAACUAAGUGUAUUUUUAUAUUUAUAUAUAUAUAAAUAUUAAUAUACAAAUACACUUAUAAUUAAAUUACACACACACACAUAUAUAUAUAUAUAAAUAUAUAUAUAUAUAUAUAUAUUAUACAAUAUAAAUAAUAAGUAAAUAAAAAUAAAUUUUUUUAAAAAUAAUUAAUAAAAAAAAUAUAUUUAUAUAUAUGUAAUUUUAUUCUAACUGUAUUUUGAUAUUAAUAUUAAAAUACACUUAGAAUGAAAUUAUAUAUAGAUAUAUAUAUAUAUAUAUAUAUACAUACAUAUCUAUGUAUAUAUAAAUAAAUAAAAUAAUACAAUAUAUAUAUCUAUAUACAAAAUUGCAUAAAUAAUGUCAUAAAUAUACACGUAGACUUCAAAUAUAUAAAUAUGUAUAUAUAUUUAAAUUCUAUGUGCAUAUUUUUGUAAUAAUAUUACAUAAUUAAGUCAUUUUAUUGUUUGCAAUUUGAAGGACCUGCCUGACAACCCAGGCCAAAAGUCCAGAGAAUUGAAUUUGCUUGCACUGUAUUUAACCCUGUAACAUAACAUGACAACCUAACACCUGUACAUUGGGGGUACUGUUUUACUCGGGAGACUUCACUGAACACAAAUAUUAGUGUUUCAAAACAGUAAAGCAUAUCACAGUGAUGACAUUGUCAGUGAAAGUGCCUUUUUUUGUAUUUUUCACACAAACAGCACUUUCACUGAUAUCAUUGUUGUGAUACGUUUUACUGGUUUGAAACACAAAUAUUUGUGUUCAGCGAAGUCUCCCGAGUAUAACCGUACACCCCAUUUACAGGUUUUUUAGUGUUUUUGAAAGUUACUGGGUCAAAUAUAAGACUUGAUUUCCUUUUUCUUUUACAUUGAAAUUUGCCUGGUUGGUUAAGUUGCUUUUGAGAGCAUAUGGUAGCCCAGGAGUGAGAAUUACGCCCAUGAUGGCAUACCAUUUGCAAAAGAAGACAAUCCAAGGUAUAGCAAAUGGGGUAUGUCCAGUCUUUUUUAGUAGCCGCUUAGUCACAAACACUGACCAAAGUUAGCGUUCAUAAUUGUGUUUUGUAUUUUUAACGCACAAAUAAAUAUAAAUGCUAACUUUGGCCAGUGUUUGUGACUAAGUGGCUACUAAAAAGACUGGACAUACCCCAUAUUGAAUACCCUGGGUUGUCUACUUCAAAAACAUAUGUACAUAUGGGGUAUGAUUCAGAUAUUUAUGUCAGAUAACAGUGUUACAAUGUCACUAAUGAUACAUUUUAAAAAUAUAUAUUUUGAAACCCCAAUAUCCUACUUGUAGCUAUAGCCCUAUAACUUGCAAAAAAGCAUGUAAACACUGGGUGUUUUUAAAUUCAGGACAACAUUUUGAAUCUACUUAACAGUUUUUUUUUCAUUAGCUUUUGUAGAUAAGUAAAAUAGUUUUCAAGUAAAAGUAAAAAAACAUUUUUUUAAAUGUUUCACCAUAUUUUAUUAUUUUUUUUAAAGUAAAUUAUAUGACAUGAUACAAAUAAUGGUAUGUAAAGAAAGCCCUUCUUGUCUUGAAAUAAACAAUAUAUAAUUUGUUUGGGAACAGUAAAUGAGAGAGAAGACAAUUACAGCUAAACACAAACACCACAAAAGUGUUAAAACAGCCCUGGUCCUUAACGAACAACAUGGCCAAAACAGUCUGCUUCUUAAGGAUUUCAUUUUCAAUCACAUGUUAACUUCCUUUCAAAGUUUUUAUCUCCUGCUCUGUAACUUGAACUUUCAUCACACAUAGCAGGCUUCUGUGGAGUUUAGAGGGCAAUUCAAAUAGCAGGAGAUAAGAGAUUCUAAAUUAAAACAAACGUGCACUAAAAGAAGUUUAAGCAUUAGAGCAGGACGUAUUUAGAAUAGCAUGCUCAGAGAUGUGACUAGGGCUGCAGAAACAAAGUGCUUUAAAUCCUUAAUGGUAGAGAAUUGAAUGGUGAGAUUACAGAGGCAUGAUCUAUACACCAAAGUAUAUAUUAUUUAUAUAUUAUUAUGUGAUUUCUAUGAACUAUAUAUUGGGAGAUAUGCCUGAUAACCCAGGCAAACACAUCAGGGGUUGUGAGUGAAGAGGAUACUACAGGUUGCUAGCGUGCCAGGAAUACAUAGUUACAUAGGCUGAAAAGAGAUAUAUAUCCAUCAAGCUCAGCCUCUCUCACAUUUGAUUUUUGCUGUUGAUUCAAAAGAAGGCAAACAAAGCAGUCUGAAGCACUUCCAAUUGUGCAGCAAACUAGGAACAAAUUCAUUUUUAACCCCAGAUUAAGAAGCUAUUAUCCCACUAAAUAAAAAUGUCUCUGUCUAUUAUGUUUUUACAAGUAUUUAUCCAAUUGCUGUUUAAACAUCUGUAUAGACUCUGAUAAAACCACCAGAGAAUCCCAUAUCCUUAUUGUUCUUACUGUAAAAAAUAAUUUCCUUUGCUUUAGACUAAAUCUCCUUUCUUACAGUCAAAAUGCGUGAUCUCUUGUACUAUGUAUAGUCAUAUUUAUGAAUAGAUUUCUGGUCAAUGGUUUGUAUUGGCCCUAAAUAUAUUGUUAUAAUGAUAUCAUAUGCCCUCUAAGGUGCUGUUUUUCCAAACUCAAGAGAUUUACAUUUUUUAACCUCUUUUCAUAACUAAAAUGCUCCAUUCCUUUUAUCAAUUUUGUAGGCAGCCACUGCACUUUUUCUAGUGCCAUAAUAUCCUUCUUUAGAACAGGUGUCCAAAAUUACACAGCAUAUUCAAGGUGUGGUCUUACCAGUGAUUUAUAAAGAAGCAAAAUUAUAUUUUCAUCCCAAGAAUUAAUGCCCCUAUUUCUACAUGACAAUACCUUACUGUUGAUUAACAUUGCAUAUUGUUGCCUAGUUUAUUGUCUAUAACAAUUCCCAAAUCCUUCACAUUUUGUUGUUAUCCCUAAUUUACUACCAUUUAGGGUGUAAAUUGGCUGUGCAUUCUUUACCCCAUAUUUUUCCAGACUACAUUCCAUCUGCCAUUUGAGUGCCGCCCCCAAUCUAUUUAAAUCCCUCAGCAGCAAAGCAAUAUCCUGCUCACAUUGUAUUACUUUACAGAGUUUUGUUUCAUCUGCAAACACUGAAACAUGGCUUUUAAUGAUCAAGAUCAUUUAUAAAUAUGUAAAAUAGAGGCAACCCCAGAACAGAACCCUGAGGGACACCACUUACCACUUUUAUCCAGCUUGAAAAUUUACCAUUAAUGACAACUCAUUGUACUCUAUCCUUAAGCCAAUGUUCUACCCAAGAACAAUAAUUUACGUCUAGACCAAUUUCUUUUAGUUUGAAAACAAUUUUGUAUUCUUAGCCUAUAGCUUCUCUUUAAGCAAAGUCAUUUGGGUGAUUUUUGACAUGUUAGUCAUGUCCUGAUCACAUCUUUUUCACGUUUGACUUUAUUUGUCCUUAUAUCAGUUGUUUGUUUUGUUUGCCCUAUUGCACUAGACAGCAGAAUAAAAGUGGAUUCUUAAAAAUGUAUAAUAAUAAUAAUCUUAUGAUGAGCAAAACACCUAUAAAGAAUAAUAUAUAUAUAUAUAUAUGUAAAAACAAUUCACAGCACAAAAAGCUCAGUCAGAAGCUAUAGAAAGAGAAAAAAAGAUUGUGGAAGAGAAAAACUGGAGACUGCAAGAGACCAUGGAGGCUGAGAAAAGGAGCCAGGAACUACAGUUGGCAAUGAUACAAGAGAAGAAUGAGCAGGAUAGAAAUACGCUGAUAGAGGAGAAUAAAUGGCUCAUCGAAGAGAAGAUGAAGGUAAAGUAAUAAAGAGACUAACGCAGUAACCCAAAACCAGACCCGACUGGGUGAUAUAUUUAUUGAGCCCAGAAAUAAAUGGUACCUUUGCUUGUAUUUUCAUUUAGUGCUGAUGCUAUGUAGAGCUCUUCUAGAUGGACCUUAGAAUUCGUAGACAAAAAUUAAAUCUCCCAAACGAAAGGACACUAACUUUUAAAAAAUAUUUAUUUUGGGGUCAUUGAGUGAAAGUACAGGCAGAAAAUAUUAUUGGAAUAUUGUUAGUGCAAUUAACCUAAUCCCUCCCAAACCCCAUGUAAGCAUGUCUACCCAGGCAAACUUUCAUUUAUCAUUACAAAGCCUCAUUUACUUUUCACUUUGCUCCAGUGUCAGUCUUCAUCUGGCAGAGGUACAAGUUUCUUAGCAAAGGAUGUGAAUGCAAGAUUUACCUAUUUCUUCCCACUUUAGAAAAAAGGCUUUUUGUUGGUCAAAAUACAGAAUGCAAACUUGCGUCCAUUGAUCCAGCCAAUGGGGCUAAAUGGUGUAUUUCCAGGUUUUCAUACUAGUGUGUAAGUACAGUUUAGUCAUAUUUGUAUACAGGAAAAGGACAACAUGAUGAAAGAAGGGAUGAAGAAACAAUGUGAAAUGCUGGAAUAUGAGAUUCAACAGCUGAAGAGGCAACAGGAAGAAGCCAAGGGAUCUUUCCUGGGUAAUGUGAUAUCUGGAAUUUUACCAGGGGUGUUUUCACGUUUUGUGAAGAAAAUAUUUUAAUACCAAGCAUGUAUAACAUCCUGUAGGAUUUGAAAUAAUAUUCAGCAAGUAAUAUUUUUGUUUUACUGAAUACUUUGUAGUUUAAAGUUUCUGUGUCACAAAUAUAACAUUAUAUCAGAUUCUGUUACUGAAGAUUAUCAUGUUAAAAUGUGAAAAUAGC